CAGAUUGAAAGAAAGGCAUGGGGAGCUAUCCAUACGAACCAACCUCUACCUUUUCUCAAGAAGAUCAAUAUCAAGACCUCGAUUUUUCAGAUCAAACAACCUUUGAUCACCAAAACUCAUCUGGGUUCUUCAAGAAACAAGAUUCAUGGCCCAAAAACAGCAUCCACAGAAGAAAAAACCAGGUGUUUCUUCAAGGGUAUGUGGAGACACCUGAUGAAGAUGAACUUGUUAGGUCUAAGAGCUUAACCGAUGAAGAUCUUGAUGAACUCAAAGGAUGUUUGGAUUUGGGUUUUGGUUUCAGUUACGAUGAAAUCCCAGAACUCUGCAACACCUUGCCGGCGUUGGAAUUGUGUUAUUCGAUGAGUCAAAAGUUUCUUGAUGAACAUCAGAAGUCGCCGGAAUCACCAUCGUCGGCGGUGGUCGAUGAAACUGCCUCCCCACCUCCGAUUGCGAAUUGGAAGAUCUCUAGCCCUGGUGAUCAUCCGGAAGAUGUGAAAGCAAGGCUUAAAUAUUGGGCACAAGCAGUAGCUUGCACAGUUAGAUUAUGCAAUUAAGGACUUGAUUGCAUCAACUGACAGAAAGCCAAGAUCAAUCAGUUGCAGCAGCAGAGGUCCUUGAAUCAUGAUCGAUUAUGGAAAAACCCGAAAGGAAAUGUGAUCAAGAUGAUCAUGUUUUCUAACACUUGAUCUGGAGAUGGAUGCUUGAUGUUUCUGUCGAUGAGGGGUUGCAGAUUCGAGGGUUUAUAACAAGAAAUUACAGGAAUUUGUUGUAUCCGAGUUUUGACACAAAAUCAGUUGAGGUAAAUAAUGGAUGGUGUAUCAAAUGAAUGCAAAUAAAUCUUGAAAUAAGAAAUUAAAUAUUUUCUA